CAAGUGGUCCAUUCAUUUCCCGGCUGCUGAGCGGGGCCGCGGAGACUCGGGAGAGGCAGGGGGCCGCCGGGGAGGGCGCAGUGGGCCACGUCGGGCCCGGGGCUGGCGCUGGGAGCCGCGGGGCCUCCCGCCGACUGGCCGCCAUGGCCACCCUGGAGAAGCUGAUGAAGGCGUUCGAGUCCCUCAAGUCCUUCCAACAGCAGCAGCAGCCGCCGCCGCCGCCGGCGCAGCCUCCGCAGCCGCCCCAGGCGCAGCCGUCCCAGCCGCCGCCGCAGCAGCCGCCCCAACAGCCGCCGCCGCCGCCGCCGCCGCCGCCUCCGCAGCCUGGGCCGUCCGGGGUGGAGGAGCCGGCGCACCGACCGAAAAAGAACUUUCAAACUACUAAGAAAGACCGAGUUAAUCAUUGCCUGACAAUAUGUGAAAACAUAGUGGCUCAGUCUCUCAGAAAUUCUCCAGAAUUUCAGAAACUUUUAGGCAUUGCCAUGGAACUCUUUCUUCUGUGCAGUGAUGAUGCAGAAUCAGAUGUCAGAAUGGUAGCUGAUGAAUGUCUCAAUAAAGUUAUAAAAGCUUUGAUGGAAUCUAAUCUUCCCAGGUUACAGUUAGAGCUCUAUAAGGAAAUUAAAAAGAAUGGUGCUUCUCGAAGUCUGAGAGCCGCUCUCUGGAGGUUUGCUGAACUUGCCCAUCUAGUUAGACCUCAGAAAUGCAGACCAUAUUUGGUAAACCUCUUGCCUUGUCUGACUCGAAUAAGCAAGCGAACAGAAGAAUCUGUACAAGAGACUUUGGCAGCUGCUAUACCCAAAAUUAUGGCAUCUUUUGGCAACUUUGCAAAUGACAAUGAAAUUAAGGUUUUAUUAAAAGCUUUCAUAGCUAAUCUCAAGUCAAGUUCUCCUACAAUACGGCGAACAGCAGCUGGAUCAGCAGUGAGCAUCUGCCAACAUUCAAGGAGGACACAGUAUUUUUAUACCUGGUUACUUAAUGUACUUUUAGGCUUACUAGUUCCUGUUGAGGAGGAGCAUUCUACUCUUUUUAUUCUUGGAGUAUUGCUCACAUUGAGGUAUUUAAUCCCCUUGCUCCAACAGCAAGUCAAGGACAUGAGUUUGAAAGGGAGCUUUGGUGUCACACGAAAAGAAGCUGAAGUUUCACCUUCUAUAGACCAACUCAUCCAGGUAUAUGAAUUGACUUUGCACUACACCCAGCACCAGGACCAUAAUGUUGUAACUGGAGCAUUAGAACUAUUACAGCAACUUUUCAAAACGCCUCCAGCUGAGCUUCUUCAGGCCCUGACCACUGCAGGUGGUAUUGGACAGGUCAAUGUGACCAAAGAGGAGUGUAGGAGCAGAAGUCGGAGUGGGAGUAUUGUGGAACUUAUAGCUGGAGGGGGGUCUUCAUGCAGCCCUGUUCUUUCAAGAAAACAAAAAGGUAAAGUGCUCUUAGGAGAAGAAGAAGGCUUAGAAGAUGAUCCAGAAUCAAGAUCUGAAGUUAGCAGCUCAGCAUUUGCAGCCUCAAUGAAGAGUGAAAUCACAGGUGAAUUGGCUUCUUCGUCAGGUGUAUCAACUCCUGUCUCUACAAGUUCGGCUGCUGAUUCCACAGGUCAUGAUAUCAUCACUGAACAGCCCAGAUCACAACAUACUUUACAGUCAGACCCUGUUGAUCUGACUGGCUGUGACUUGACAAGUGCAGCCACAGAUGGGGAUGAAGAGGAUAUGCUUAGUCGCAGCUCAAGCCAAAUCAGUGCUGUCCCAUCUGACCCUGCUAUGGACAUGAAUGAUGGGACCCAGGCUUCAUCACCAAUUAGUGAUAGUUCACAGACAACCACAGAAGGUCCAGAUUCAGCUGUGACCCCUUCAGACAGUUCUGAAAUUGUAUUAGAUGGUGCUGAAAGCCAGUAUUCAGGAAUGCACAUUGGACAAUUACAGGAUGAAGAUGAUGAAUCAUCAAAUGUUCUCCCUGAUGAGGCUCCAGACAAUUUCAGAAACUCUACCAUUGCACUUCAGCAGCCCCAUCUCCUGAAAAACACAGGACAUAGCAGACAACCAUCUGACAGCAGUGUUGACCGAUUUUUAUCAAAAGAUGAAACUGUGGAGCCAAGUGAUCAUGAAAACAAGCCUUCUAGAAUAAAAGGAGAUAUUGGACACUUCACUGAUGCUGAUUUGGCACCUCUAGUCCAUUGUGUUCGGUUGUUAUCUGCUUCCUUUUUGCUCACAGGAGAAAAAGGUGCAUUGGUUCCAGAUAGGGAUGUAAGGGUAAGUGUGAAGGCUUUGGCAGUAAGUUGUGUUGGAGCAGCUGUGGCCCUUCAUCCUGAAUCUUUCUUUAGCAAACUUUACAAAACACCUCUGGAGACCAUGGAACAGCCAGAGGAUCAAUAUGUCUCAGAUGUUUUGAACUAUAUUAAUCAUGGAGAUCCACAGAUUCGAGGAGCUACUGCUAUCCUUUGUGGGACCAUUAUCUAUUCCAUUCUUAAUAAAUCUCGCUUCAGUGUGGAAAACUGGUUAACAGUUGUCAGAAGUUCAACAGGUAAUACCUUUUCCCUGGUAGACUGCAUCCCUUUAUUGCAGAAAACUUUGAAAGAUGAGUCUUCUGUUACCUGUAAGCUGGCUUGUACUGCUGUGAGGCAUUGUGUCAUGAGUUUAUGCAGCAGUUGUUAUAGUGAAUUAGGAUUACAAUUGAUCAUUGAUGUCUUGACUCUGAGAAAUAGUUCCUACUGGUUGGUAAGGACAGAACUUUUGGAUACUCUUGCAGAAAUUGACUUUAGGUUAGUUAGCUUUUUGGAGGCAAAAGCAGACCGUUUACACAAGGGAUCUCAUCAUUACACGGGGCUCUUAAAACUGCAAGAUCGAGUGCUCAAUAAUGUUGUUAUUUACUUACUUGGAGAUGAAGAUCCUCGGGUGAGACAUGUUGCUGCAUCUUCAUUAAUAAGGCUUGUUCCAAAGCUGUUUUAUAAUUGUGACCAAGGACAGACCGAUCCAGUUGUGGCUGUAGCAAGGGACCAAAGCAGUGUCUACCUGAAACUUCUAAUGCAUGAGACUCAGCCUCCCUCUCACUUUUCAGUCAGCACCAUCACCAGAAUAUACAGAGGCUACAACUUACUCCCAAAUAUAACUGAUGUGACAAUGGAAAAUAACCUUUCUAGAGUUAUUGCAGCAGUUUCCCAUGCACUGACGACAUCAACUACACGAGCACUUACAUUUGGCUGUUGUGAAGCUUUGUGUCUUCUUUCUGCUGCCUUUCCAGUCUGUAUUUGGAGUCUAGGAUGGCAUUGUGGGGUUCCUCUGCUGAAUCCCUCUGAUGAGUCGAGGAAGAGCUGCACAGCUGGAAUGGCUACAACAAUUCUCACCCUGUUGUCUUCGGCCUGGUUUCCCCUGGAUCUGUCAGCACAUCAAGAUGCAAUCGUUUUAGCUGGGAAUUUGCUUGCAGCUAGUGCCCCCAAAUCUUUGAAAAGCCCAUGGACUGCAGAAGAUGAAACCAAUCCAGGAGCCACGAAACAAGAAGAGCCGUGGCCAGCCUUGGGAGACGCAUGUUGGUUUACGAUGGUAGAGCAGCUCUUUUCUCAUCUGCUGAAAGCCAUUAACAUCUGUGCUCAUGUGUUGGAUGAUGUUACUCCUGGGCCAGCAAUAAAGGCAGCCUUACCUUCUCUAACCAACCCACCUUCUCUAAGUCCAAUCCGUCGGAAAGGAAAAGAAAAAGAACCAGGAGAGCAGAGCUCUGUACCACUGAGUCCCAAAAAAGGCAAUGAAGCUAGCCCAGCUCCUAGGUCUUCUGACCCCUCUGGACCUGCUAUAACAAGCAAAUCAUCAUCAUUGGGAAGUUUUUAUCAUCUUCCUUCUUAUCUCAAGUUAUAUGAUGUUUUAAAAGCUAAUCAUUGCUAAACUAUAAGGUAUAAUGUUACAUUGGAUCUUCAGAAUACCAAUGAAAAGUUUGGGGGGUUUCUUCGUGCUGCCUUGGAUGUCCUUUCACAGAUUCUUGAACUAGCAACCUUGCAGGAUAUUGGCAAGUUGAAGAAAUCUUGGGGAUACCUGAAAUCCUGUUUCAAUAGAGAACCUACAAUGGCUACUGUUUGUGUUCAACAGUUGUUGAAGACUCUGUUUGGGACAAACUUGGCAUCACAGUAUGAUGGCUUAUCUUCCAAACCCAGCAAAUCUCAAGGAAAGGCCCAGCGUUUGGGUUCUUCUAGCUUGCGUCCUGGCCUUUAUCAUUAUUGCUUCAUGGCACCAUAUACGCACUUUACACAGGCCUUGGCUGAUGCUAGUUUGAGGAAUAUGGUCCAAGCAGAACAAGAACAUGAUACUUCUGGGUGGUUUGAUGUGCUCCAAAAAGUGUCAACACAGUUGAAAACAAACCUUACAAGUGUGACAAAACACCGUGCAGACAAGAAUGCUAUUCACAAUCACAUUCGUUUAUUUGAGCCUCUUGUUAUCAAGGCUUUGAAACAAUACACCACAACAACAUCUGUGCAAUUGCAAAGGCAGGUUCUGGACUUGCUGGCACAACUGGUUCAAUUACGAGUUAACUACUGUCUUCUGGAUUCUGAUCAGGUGUUUAUUGGAUUUGUGUUAAAGCAGUUUGAAUACAUUGAAGUGGGCCAGUUUAGGGAAUCAGAAGCAAUUAUUCCAAACAUCUUUUUCUUCUUAGUCUUGUUGUCUUAUGAACGCUAUCACUCGAAGCAGAUCAUUGGAAUUCCUAAAAUCAUUCAGCUCUGUGAUGGCAUCAUGGCCAGUGGGAGGAAAGCUGUAACACAUGCCAUACCAGCUCUGCAGCCCAUAGUUCAUGAUCUCUUUGUGUUAAGAGGAACAAACAAAGCAGAUGCUGGAAAAGAGCUUGAGACGCAAAAAGAAGUGGCUGUGUCCAUGUUAUUAAGACUUAUUCAGUACCAUCAGGUAUUAGAGAUGUUCAUCUUAGUCCUACAGCAGUGUCACAAGGAGAAUGAAGACAAAUGGAAGAGGUUAUCUCGACAAAUCGCUGACAUCAUUCUCCCAAUGUUAGCAAAACAACAGAUGCAUAUUGAUUCUCAUGAAGCCCUUGGAGUAUUGAACACGUUAUUUGAAAUAUUGGCUCCUUCAUCUCUUCGUCCUGUAGACAUGCUUUUACGAAGUAUGUUCAUUACUCCCAAUACUAUGGCAUCUGUGAGUACUGUUCAGUUGUGGAUAUCAGGCAUCCUAGCUAUUCUGAGAGUGCUUAUAUCCCAGUCAACUGAAGACAUUGUUCUCUCUCGGAUCCAAGAACUCUCUUUUUCUCCUUAUUUAAUCUCAUGUCAAAUGAUUAAAAAAUUAAGAGAUGGAGGUAGUAGCUUGCCAACACCAGAAGAUCAAAGUGAAGUGAAACAAGUCAAGUGUUUGCCAGAAGAAACAUUUUCCAGAUUCCUGUUACAGCUGGUGGGCAUUCUUCUAGAGGACAUUGUUACGAAGCAGCUGAAAGUGGAAAUGACUGAGCAGCAGCACACGUUCUAUUGCCAAGAGCUGGGCACACUGCUGAUGUGCCUGAUACACAUCUUCAAGUCAGGAAUGUUCAGGAGAAUCACUGCAGCUGCCACUAGACUCUUUACAGGUGAUGGCUCUGAUGGAAGCUUUUAUACCCUGGAAAGUUUGAGUGAACUGGUUCGGUCCAUGAUUCCUACCCAUCCUUCCCUAGUGCUCCUGUGGUGUCAGAUCCUUCUGCUUGUCAACUAUACCAACUACAACUGGUGGUCCGAAGUGCACCAGACACCAAAAAGACACAGUCUUUCCAGUACGAAGCUACUCAGCCCUCAGAUGUCUAGCGAUGGUGAGGAUUCCCAUUUGGCAUCCACACUUGGCGUGUGCAAUAGAGAGAUAGUACGACGAGGCGCACUCAUUCUUUUCUGUGAUUAUGUUUGUCAGAACCUAUAUGAUUCAGAACAUUUAACUUGGCUUAUUGUGAAUCAUAUUCAAGAUCUGAUCAGUCUCUCCCAUGAGCCUCCAGUACAAGAUUUUAUUAGUGCAGUCCACAGGAAUUCAGCUGCAAGUGGGCUUUUCAUCCAGGCAAUUCAGUCUCGCUGUGAAAACCUUUCAUCUCCAACAACCCUGAAGAAGACACUGCAGUGCUUAGAGGGGAUUCACCUCAGCCAGUCGGGCGCUGUGCUCAUGUUGUAUGUGGACAAGCUUUUGUGUACGCCAUUCCGUGUGCUGGCUCGCAUGGUUGACACGCUUGCUUGUCGUCGAGUAGAAAUGCUUUUGGCUGCCAACUUACAGAACAGCAUGUCACAGUUACCUGUGGAAGAACUGAAUAGAAUUCAGGAGUACCUUCAAAAAAGUGGAUUAGCUCAGAGACACCAAAGACUCUAUUCCCUGCUGGACAGGUUUCGUCGUACAGUAGCACCAGAGACAGCUAGCCCUUCUCCUGUAGUCACUUCACACCCCCUGGAUGGGGAAAAUCACUUGUCACUAGAGAUGAUAAAUCCAGACCAAGACUGGUAUGUGUCUCUAGUCAGAUCUCAGUGUUGCACUAAGUCAGACUCAGCACUGCUGGAAGGUGCAGAGCUGGUAAAUAGGAUUCCUCCUGGUGAACUGGCCCCCUUCAUGAUGAGUAAGGAGUUCAACUUAUCCCUCUUAGCUCCUUGCUUAAGUCUUGGCGUCCGUGAAAUCUCCAGCGGUCAGAGUAGCAGCCUCUUUGAGACAGCCCGGUCAGUGACCCUAGACCGUGUGGCCAGCCUGGUGCAGCAGCUUCCACCCAACCAUCAUGUUUUUCAGCCCCUUUUGCCCAUUGAAACUUCAGCCUACUGGAAUCAGCUAAGCGAUCUCUUUGGAAAUGCUGUGAUUUAUCAGUCAAUUACUACACUGGCCUGUGCCCUUGCUCAGUACUUAGUACUAUUUUCUAAGUUACCAAGUCAUCUGCAACUUCCCCCUGAAAAAGAGAAUGAUGUUCUGAAAUUUGUGGUGGCAGCCCUUGAGGCCCUGUCAUGGCACUUAAUACAUGAGCAGAUGCCAUUAAGUAUGGAUCUGCAGGCUGUCCUGGAUUGCUGCUGUCUAACUUUGCAUCUGCCUGGUCCUUGGAAUAUGCUGUCAUCAAUAGAAUAUGUCACCCAUGUGUGCUCCCUAAUUCACUGUAUUCGAUUUAUUCUAGAAGCAAUUGCAGUUCAACCUGGAGACCAACUUCUUAGUCCAGAGAGAAGAAAGAAUACUCCAAGAGGAAUAAGUGAAGAUGAAGUUGAUUCAGAUGUACAGGUUCCCAAGUAUAUUACCACUGCUUGUGAAAUGAUCGCAGAAAUGGUGGCAGCAUUACAGACUGUGUUGGCUUUGGGUCACAAGAGAAACAGUGCAAUUCCAGCUUUCCUUACUCCUGUACUGAAAAACAUCAUCAUCAGCCUUGCAAGAUUGCCACUAGUCAAUAGCUAUACUAGAGUGCCUCCCUUGGUAUGGAAACUAGGCUGGUCACCUAAACCUGGAGGGGAUUUUGGCACAACACUUCCCGAAAUCCCUGUAGAAUUUCUUCAGGAAAAGGAGAUUUUUAAAGAGUUCAUUUAUCGUAUUAAUACCUUGGGAUGGACAAGUCGUACGCAGUUUGAAGAAACCUGGGCCACUCUCCUUGGUGUCCUUGUAACUCAGCCUAUUGUGUUGGAUCAAGAAGAAAGCCAACAGGAAGAAGAUACUGAGAGGACUCAGAUCAAUGUUCUUGCUGUACAAGCCAUCACGUCCUUGGUGCUAAGUGCAAUGACCCUUCCUGUCGCAGGCAAUCCAGCAGUGAGUUGCUUGGAGCAACAGCCCCGGAACAAAGCCCUUAAAGCUCUGGAUACAAGGUUUGGGAGGAAACUGAGUGUUAUCAGGGGAAUUGUUGAGCAAGAAAUUCAAGCAAUGGUUUCAAAGAGAGACAACAUUCCUACACAUCACUUAUACCAGGCUUGGGAUCCUGUGCCAUCUCUGUCUCCAGCUAUGUCAGGUGCCCUUAUCAGCCAUGAAAAACUUCUGCUGCAGAUCAACACCGAACGAGAAAUGGGGAACAUGAGUUAUAAUCUAGGACAGGUCUCUAUACACUCUGUGUGGCUGGGAAAUAACAUCACCCCACUGAGAGAAGAAGAAUGGGAUGAAGAUGAAGAAGAUGAGGGUGACCUUCCUGCCCCUUCUUCACCCCCUACAUCUCCAAUAAACUCCAGGAAACACCGGGCUGGAGUUGAUAUACAUUCUUGUUCGCAGUUUUUGCUUGAAUUGUACAGUCAGUGGAUACUCCCAUCAAGUUCAGCCAAAAAAACCCCAGUCAUUCUGAUCAGUGAAGUAGUGAGAUCUCUCCUAGCAGUCUCAGACUUGUUUACAGAGAGGAAUCAAUUUGAGAUGAUGUACUUGACCCUGACGGAGCUACGGAGGGUGCAUCCUUCUGAAGAUGAAAUUCUCCUUCAGUACUUAGUGCCAGCCACUUGUAAAGCAGCUGCUGUUCUGGGAAUGGAUAAAGCUGUGGCUGAGCCAGUGAGCAGGCUGUUGGAGACCACACUCCGAAGCACCCAUUUGCCAAGCAAGAUUGGAGCACUGCAUGGCAUCCUCUAUGUGCUUGAAUGCGACCUACUUGAUGAAACAGCAAAGCAGCUCAUUCCAAUUAUCAGUGAUUACCUUCUUUCUAAUCUCAGAGGAAUUGCUCAUUGUGUGAAUCUGCACAGCCAGCAGCAUGUCCUGGUGACCUGUGCUGCUGCCUUCUACCUUAUGGAGAAUUAUCCCCUGGAUGUAGGCCCAGAGUUUUCUGCUGCAGUAAUACAGAUGUGUGGGGUGAUGCUCUCUGCCAGUGAAGAAUCUACUCCGGCCAUUAUUUAUCAUUGUGUCCUGAGAGGUUUAGAACGACUUCUCCUUUCUGAGCAACUCUCCAGGCUGGAUGGAGAGUCCUUAGUUAAGCUCAGCGUUGACCGAGUGAAUGUGCACAGUCCUCACCGAGCCAUGGCAGCCCUGGGCUUGAUGCUAACUUGCAUGUAUACAGGAAAGGAGAAAAUCAGCCCUGGCAGAACCUCAGACCCCAACCCCGCUGCUCCAGACAGUGAGUCAGUUAUUGUUGCAAUGGAGCGCGUAUCUGUUCUCUUUGAUAGGAUCAGGAAAGGAUUUCCCUGUGAAGCCAGAGUGGUGGCACGAAUCCUUCCUCAAUUUCUAGAUGAUUUUUUCCCUCCUCAGGAUGUAAUGAACAAAGUUAUUGGAGAAUUUCUAUCAAACCAGCAGCCGUACCCACAGUUCAUGGCAACUGUUGUAUAUAAGGUGUUUCAGACGUUGCAUACCACAGGACAAUCAUCUAUGGUCCGAGAUUGGGUGAUGCUCUCUCUCUCGAACUUCACGCAGAGGACCCCAGUUGCAAUGGCUAUGUGGAGUCUCUCCUGUUUUUUCGUCAGUGCUUCCACUAGUCAGUGGGUUUCAGCAAUCCUUCCACACAUCAUCAGCAGGAUGGGGAAGUCGGAACAAGUGGACAUUAAUCUUUUCUGUCUGGUGGCCAUAGACUUUUACAGACAUCAAAUAGAUGAGGAGCUAGAUCGCAGGGCCUUUCAGUCUGUGUUUGAGGUGGUAGCAUCUCCAGGAAAUCCCUACCACCGACUGCUGACUUGUUUGCAAAAUGUCCACAAAAUUGCAGCAUGUUGAACGUUCCGUGGAGCUGGACAGUGCGGGGAUUGGCAGCAUGGGCUGGAGUCCAGUGUGCAAACAAGGAAAAACACGAGGACCCUGAUUUCACCCUGGAUGGGAGUGGGGGAAUCAAGCAAAAAAAAAGUGGAUUUGUGGGUUUCAUCCUUCUCCCAUGCCAGUGUCUGUCUCUUUCACACUAUGACAGAAAUGCUGGUUUGCAAUGGGGGGUGGUGAUGGUUAAAGGGAUGUCAUUCACACACCUCAGCUAACAUUUGGGAUGGAGUCUUGAGUUUUUGCAAAAACAAAAAGCAAAGCCACAGCAGCUGUUUUUGUUCAUUCUGUAUGAUAUGGGCUAGUACUAAAUGCAAAGGAACCAGGUGUUUAUAUAUUUUUUUAAGUGUUCAGCCUGUUCAUUGUUAGUGGGUUGCAACUGAUCCUGAGUCCUUGACAGAAGUACUUCCUUCAUGCAGAUUAUUGACACUGGACACUUUCACAUUUUUAUGUAGCUAUUAUCUGGUAUAAUCAAGCUUUAGAAAGUGUUUCCUAAUGUCUCUCUCAAGCAGAAAGGAAAAGGAAAUCCCAUCUCCAUGAUGAACACUCCCAGCAUGUAAAUCCCUGUUUCUUGGACUUUGGUAGACUGUGGUAUGUGGUGUGGGGGGCUUUUGAGAGGGGGAUCUGGCCCACACACAGCCAUGAUUUAUUUUUCCUUUUUUCUUCUCAGGAUUUAAAAUUUGAGUAUAUCAGUAAAGAGAUUAAUUUUAACUUAAAUAUUUCUAUAUCCAUGUAAAAAGUAUGUACAAUUGUAAAAUCUGUGCUGCAUGAUGUGCUGUCCUUUGAAAUGAUCAGAAGCCACUUGACUGAAUGUCUUUACUGCUCCUGUAUUGUCCCUGCUUUCUCCCUGGGUUCAUCUUCUCCCCUUCAUUUUUCACCCAUCCUAACAUAUAAGUCACAUUUCAGUUCAACUUGUCACCUGCUUUCUAUGUUGACACAACUGGAACCUCUGAGUUUGUGUUCAGAGUACUGCAUUCAGAUCUUUCAGAACCAUUUCCCCACAGCUCAUGGAAAUACACACACGAAGCAUCAGAACUUAAUGGAACUUUUUUGGUACAUAGCAGCUGCUCUUGAUAUUUUCCUCUGACCCAGUUUUCUUUAUGUAAAUAUGACUCCAUAAACCCUCCAGCCUCCUAGUAACUGACUUCUUCUGUUACUCGUUAAUAGUGGUGGCAAAUGUCCUUUUGGAGAGGUGUAGCUUAGGCCAAGAAGCAGUUUCCUUGAUCCCUUGAGUUGACAGUUCAGGCACACUCAGUAUUGGGGCUUUGCCUUCUUCAAUUAGGUUUGAUUACUUAACUAUCUGUUUUCCAUCUCAGGGUGUGGGUACCCACAAAGACCCUACCAGUAUCUAGGCGACCUCACUUCUUUAGGAUACGUCCAUCUUGCCUUCUAGUGCCCUUGCUAUAUUUAACCCUUUAUUACAUUUUUUCUGAGCACCUUAGGGGAAGGAGCAAACUUUCUUAUUUUCUAUACUACUUCCUGUCAUCAACAUCGAUACACGUUUCAGGUCUGGUCCACAUGUAACUACAGGCAUAUUCUCAUUUUGUUUUGUAUGGUUUGAGGAAUAAAGCAGGGGUUUGAACUCUAUUAAAAGCCAGCACCAAAGUCACGAGCCAAAGAGGUUAUCCACAAAGACUGGACACAGUAAUUGUUCAUAAAUGAUUUGAGAUUUUUUUGGGGAGGGGGGAAGGGGGAGGUAACCAGUCUGGCUGCUUAUUAGAAUAAUUCCAUUUCAUCUUACUUGGACCAGAUUUCUCAUCAUGGCCAUAAAAGCCAUGUCAUUUUAUUCAAAGUGAAGCUAGGAAGGAUUCACUGACUUGACAUAGAGUUGUAGGUUUGGAGUUGUGGUGUGGUUUUGUUUUUGUUUUUUCAUUGUUGUUUUUAUUUAUAAAGAUCAGUGGUUAGCUGUGUCACCCUGGGCAAGUCACUUACCCCCCCCCCCCCCAUUGCCCUGCAAAAAAAAGAAUACACAUAAAUUGAAAAAAAAUAUUUUAUUCUUAAAAAAAAAGAUAAGUGGUAUAUUUGAUUGAAUGACUGAGGAGUAUACUGACUUUUCCUCCAUUUGAGACAAAGUAUGUUCCUUACUGCUACUCCAGCUCAUUCCUCCCAUAGUAGUGAGUUUUGUCCUAAACCCCAGACCCCAAUUAGUUCUUUGACAUGUUUGACAGUUUAAAUUAUAAUCUAUUUUCCAGUUUUUGGGAAGAAAAUCUUCCUUAGAGCACCUUGUUUUUAGUUAACCUAAUAGUAAUAUACCCUGAAACAUUUAAUAGGUUUCUAGACAAUAUGAGGGACUCUACUUAGAAGCUCUGUAUUUUUAUAAGCCAAGAGAGAUUCAGACUGAAACUGUUCAGAAACCUACAAAAUUGACUCCUAGGUGGUGGCCCUAAAACCCACCUCAUGCUCCCUUCAGUCACUUCCCUACUAAAAGAGCCCCAUGUGUACUAGCUGUCCCUUAGCCUAUUUUGGCAUUUGGAGGAGGAAGCCUCUCUUCCUUUUAGGGCCUAAAAAAAGAGAAACACUCCUUUUAAUGGUUAAUAUCAGGCUUUUCCUCUCUCAGGGAAACAUCUUUAUCAAAUCAAGACUCAUGAUGUUUUCAUGUGUGUGGCAACAGUGGAGAAUGAUGGAGGUGCAUGGUUUUGCAGGGGACACUAUUAAGUAUUGUGUGUGGGGUUGUUGGUUUUUUCCCCUUUUAAUUUUAACAGCAGCCCUUAAGGCAGGGGAAUAACUUCUCCCCUGUUAGUUUUGGUCUCCCACUUGGCAGACAUGCUUUCCCCAUAAAAAGCCAACGCUAAGUGGUUGUGAAAAGUCAAAAUAAAUAUGAAUAUUGGCAAAGUUCUAGGAAAGAAGGCUUAUGAAUCUUUGGGACCCUUUGUGUUUGGUCGCUGCUUUCACAUUUAAAAGGUAUAAAACUCAACAUAUAUACUGACUUCUCCUAUACUAGCGUUGGUGAUUUUUGAAGUAUAUGCAAUUUGGAAUUUUUCCCUUAACUGGAAUUAAAACGGUGUGUGCCCAUUCUGGAUAGUAAUUGACUCUGCCCUUUUUUUCCCCUUUCUGACAGAAUUAAGAAUAAGACCAUUCACAAUGGUUCUUGAACCAGUGUUUUCACCAGUAACACUAAAAACACCAGCAAACAGACCUGUAAGUGUGAUGACUUAAAUCCAUGGGAAGAAAUUUGCUUUUUGAAUAUACACACAGAAAGAUGGGUCCAACUAGCAUGCACACUGUUAUUUAUCUUACAGUCAUGAAGCAGAAAUUCCUUUUAUCUGCUGUGUAAAACUUGGUUGUAUAUAACUGAGCAGCUGUUGGAAAAGUAGGACUUAAUUUUCUAUUAAAAGCCUACUUGGGGGAAAAAGAGCCUGACAAAUCAAACCAGAAGAAAAAAUACACCUGGAUUUAUUAAGUUCCAGAUGUUUAAAGCAGAUAUUCAAUAAAAAUAAGUCUUAAUUAAAAUAAUUUAUCUCACAAUAUUAAUUCCUUACUUUUUUUCCUAUGGAAAAUACUGAGAAAUAUAGUGUAUUGGAAGCUAGGUAGAAUAGUGCAGAAGUAAAUUAAGUGUACCUGUUAACAAGGGGCAUCUCUUCCUAUCCAGUGCGACCUGACUUAUUUGUGAUGUUUCUUAUUGCCAGGACUGAACAGCUUUCUCCAACUAAUGGCAAAUACCUUCUCCCUUCCCUCUCCCCCUUCCGCUUUCUCCUUUAUAUUGGCAAACCCAUUCUUUAUAGAGAAUAAUAUUAACAUGAAAAGCUUCCUACCAUUGUCUAUGGGGAAUACAGAGCAGAACGCCACGGCUGAACUCAAAGUCCACCUGACAGACAGCCAUUUGGUUAGUCAUCUCAUAGCCUUCAGAAUCUUUUCCAUCAAGUAAGCCCUUCCUACAAGGGCAUCAAAGUGAAUCUUAUUUCACACCAUAUUUCAAGGCAACAUGGCCCCAGUAAAAACCAUUUCAUGUGGUAUGUUUCCUGAACUGAGAAAUGUGCUCUGGUGUAAUGAAUUAUAAAUAUAGCAAUAUCUUUUAGCUCACAGUCAUCUACAUCUUUCAGAUCUUUUUUGUUUUGAUACCUUCUCUCCCCUCCCCAACACUCCCACACCCCCCUUUACAGAUAAAAGGCCUUUGAUUUUGGAAGUCCCUACUAUGCAACAUGCCUGGAAAAAAAGAAAAUCACUCUGACUGUUUGAGUCAGCUGGAAUGCAACUUUGGAAGGCACUAGCUUUACUUUGUAUAAUAGAACAAGUGCUGGGGAGAGGUGACAGAGGACCGUUUUAGGUCACAGAAGAGUAGGAUGAAGCCGUUGUGUUGGCUGCCAUUUUGAAUUUGGGAUGUGGAUAUAAUUAAGGUGGGGAAGGGAAAUGUUGACACCUCCCAGCUGGUAGAAUCAAAACUAAGAUAGAUGAGUGGAAGAAGGUGGGUCUGAGGUAGGAAUUCCAUCUAGUACCUGCAGGUGACUUGGAGAUGGUGGGUCCUACAAAGAUAUCACUUUUUAAGAUGCUCAUAAGGCAGGCUCUGUUGCUCACAAGCUGUUCUUAGCCAGGAAGGAAGCUUUGCCAUGUAGAUUAUGAUGUAUUUCAGCUAGAGGCUGACCCAAAGAACUAGAAUGCUUCCCCCCCCACUCCUCGAGAAGGAUGGAAUCGGCCAAUAGCAUUGCUCUGAGAGGAAUCUGUCAUGUUGGAAGGCAGUCUCUGUGCAGUGUUCUACCUUCUCUCAUCUGCUGUUUGUAUGUAUGGGCCUCUUUCUAUUUCCAUCAGCUUUUGCCUACAUGUUGCCAGACAGAACAAAUAGCCUGAUGGGCAGAAGCUCCGUCAUCAUCUACCCAUCCAUGUCCUGUGUCAUCACCAUCUUCAAAGCUAAGAGGGCUAUGAUGGGUGAGGCCUGGAGCCCUGACAUACAUGUAGCUGUGCCCACUGAAUAGAGAAAAUAUUCAAUUUAGACAUAUGUUCACAUUUUGAAAACUGCUGAAAAUAUUGCACAUUCAAGUGAAAGAGAAUAAAAUUUAAAUUGUUGCUGUAAGAGGCUUGCUCUGGUUAUUUGAAACCAAUGCAGACCCUAGCUUCCCAGCCAUUUUUUCUGAAACAGUUUCCUCAUUGUGCCUGUGGAAAUGAAUUUGGGCAACAAACUCUAUCAGUACCUGUUAGAAAGUCACUUUGAUUGGAAUAAUUUGGCACCAAAAUAGAACCUAAACAAUUUCCA